AUGCGGGCGGGAUGCAAGCACUUCAAGGAGAGGAUACUGGCCAAAAAAUUGGCAGUCUCAGAGAGAGGGAGAGAUCCCCCUCCCCGCGCGGUGAGUCUCCCGAUUUUCGCAGUCCCCAGGUUGGCAGGAUCAAAGCAUUCAUCCUGCCCAGGAGCUGCCGAGGAGGACAAGUUGCAGCAAGGACUCCUCCGCCGCUGUGAUUACUGUGACUAUGAAACUGCAAAACUGUCCAAUCUUAAAGCACACAUCAGGAACCACACAGACGAGCGGCCAUUUCAGUGCCCUACUUGCUCUCUGCGCUUCUUGCAAAACGCCCAUCUUAACAGACACCUGCUUAUCCACACUGGUGAGCGCCCAUUUCAGUGCGGUUCAUGCUCGCUGAGCUUCUCACAAAAGGCCCAUCUUAACAGACACUUGCGUAUCCACACUGGUGAUCGGCCAUAUAAAUGCCAUUUGUGCCCUAAGAGCUUCUCACACAGAUCCAGCCAUCUGAAGAGCCACAUGCGCAUUCACACAGGCGAGCGACCUUACAGCUGCACCAUCUGCUCCAAGUCUUUUGUGCGGCCUAAUGACUUGACGAGACACGUGAAAACGGUGCACAGUGACAGCCUUGAGUAAGUCACCAGCCUUGUUGGUGUGCAUUAUAUAUAAGGCAGAGUCUAAAAUUAUGAAUCUACAUAUCUGCGCAGUAUGCUGCCUGGUAUCGUGGUGCAUCAGGAAGCAAGUGUUAUGUUUUUAUAUCUUAAAAUGCCAAGCCACUUCACGAGAUGUUUCGGCAUAAUCUAACAAGUUGCAGCGAGAGGGGCUGAUAUUGCUUUCAUUACACUAUCCACAUUCCUGUGGUGUCCCUUCAUGUGCAAAUUGAGAAGCCAUCCUCCCUCAACUUUGCCUUCAAAACACCACUGUUUGCAGGGAGAUAGUUGGGAUAAGUUCUGAAUGUUAGGUCUAUUAUUGGGACUUGCUGGUCUUCUCCAGUUAUAUUGCUGCCUAAAUGAACUUUCGUGUAAAUUAAAUGGCCCCUCACCAGGUUUGGGCAUCGCUAACAAACAAGCAUGGUGGAUUGGUUGUGCAGUGACAUUUAUUCAGCAAUCUAUGAAACCAUUGCACAACACGAAAACAGCUCAAAUUUUAAAUGAAAGCGUGUGUGGCCUUCUUCUGGAGGGGGCCUGGCUUUUACUGUCCUAAAGGGGU